UUGGCUGGCUUGGAGCCGGAAGUCCCGUCACACGCUAGGACUCCUGGGAAUUGUAGUACAAAUCUAGCCGGGACAGGAACCAUGGCGGUGGCCAAGGAGCUCUUACAGAUGGACCUGUACGCUCUGCUGGGUAUUGAGGAGAAGGCGGCGGAUAAAGAGGUGAAGAAGGCAUACCGGCAGAAGGCCCUCUCCUGCCACCCAGAUAAGAAUCCAGAUAAUCCCAGAGCAGCUGAACUCUUCCACCAGCUUUCCCAGGCCUUGGAGGUACUGACUGAUGCUGCAGCCCGGGCCGCCUAUGACAAGGUCAGAAAAGCUAAGAAGCAGGCAGCAGAGCGGACCCAGAAACUUGAUGAGAAAAGGAAGAAAGUGAAGCUUGACCUGGAGGCGCGGGAACGCCAAGCCCAGGCCCAGGGGAGUGAGGAGGAAGAGGAAAGCCGAGGUGCCAGCACUCUGGAGCAGGAGAUCGCACGCCUGCGGGAAGAGGGUUCCCGGCAGCUGGAGGAGCAGCAGCGGCUGAUCCAGGAGCAGAUCCGUCAGGACCGCGAGCAGAGGCUAAGCGGAAAGGCAGAAAAUACAGAAAGCAAAGGAACCCCCAAACUGAAGCUAAAAUGGAAAUGCCAGAAAGAGGAUGAGUCCCAAGGCGGCUACUCCCAAGAUGUCCUCCUGCAGCUUUUGAAAAAGUAUGGCGAAGUUCUCAACCUGGUGCUUUCCAGGAAGAAGGCAGGCACCGCGGUAGUGGAGUUUGCAACGGUCAAGGCUGCGGAGCUGGCUGUCCAGAAUGAAGUGGGCCUGGUGGACAAUCCACUGAAGAUUUCCUGGUUAGAAGGUCAGCCCCGGGGCACCACAGGCCCCAGCCACUCAGGACAAUCAAAGGGCUCAGUGCUGUCCGAGAGGGACUACGAGAGCCUUGUCAUGAUGCGUAUGCGCCAGGCUGCCGAGCGCCAGCAGCUCAUCGCCCGGAUGCAGCAGGAAGACGAGGGGCAGCCCACGUAGCCUGGCUGCAGCCCUCCGUCCUACAGCCCUUUUCUUAAACAGCACCAAUAAACUUUUGAAAAAGCCUCUA